UUUAACGGAUGUGGAAGUGAAACCCUCUGGUGGUGAACGACUGUUACACAUGAGAAAGUACGUCUACGGUACCAUAUAAAAGCCUCCGGCGCGGCUUCAACGGCACAGAGCCUUCCACAUCUCCAAUCAUGAAGGCCUUGAUUGUACUGAGCGCUGUGUGCCUGUGCGUGGCUCUAGCUGCUGAGCCUGAAAAGAAAGAGGCAACGCAGGAGACCAAGAAACAGGAUAAACGCGGGCUCAUCGGGCUCGGCGAUCAUGGAGGAUUUGGUGGCGGAGACUUGGGUGGACACGAGUUCGGAGGCGGUGGCGGAAUUGAGCUCGGCGGCGGCGGCGGCGGCUUCGAAGGCCAUGGGGGCUUCGAAGGCGGCUUCGAGGGCCACGGUGGGUUUGAGGGUGGAAUCGGGGGCGGUGGCGGUGGCGAACACGAGCACCACCACCACGAACACGUCAAGACCAUAGUGGUCGAAAAGAAGGUCCCAGUGCCCUACACUGUGACCAAACACGUUCCCUACACCGUGGAAAAGAAAGUACCCUACGAGGUCAAAGUACCCGUUCCACAACCCUAUACUGUGGAGAAGAAAAUCCCCGUGCCAGUCAAGGAGUACAUCAAAGUACCCUACAUCGUCCCCCAGCCCUACGAGGUGAUCAAGAAGAUCCCCUACGAAGUCAAAGUUCCAGUGCCAAGGCCCUACGAAGUCAAAGUCCCCGUUCCCCAACCCUACACCGUCGAAAAGAAAAUCCCAGUUCCAGUCAAAGUGCCCGUACCACAGCCCUAUACCGUCGAAAAGAAAGUUCCGUAUCCAGUCAAGGUAGAAAUCCCAGUCCCACAACCCUACACCGUGGAGAAAAAGGUCCCUUACGAAGUUAAGGUUCCUGUGGAUAGGCCCUACCCCGUGCACGUACCCAAACCCUACCCAGUCACUGUAGAAAAGCACAUUCCGUACCCAGUCGAAAAACCAGUGCCUUACGAGGUUAAGGUACCAGUCGACAAGCCCUACCCCGUCGAAGUACCCAAGCCGGUACCAUACCACGUCAAAGUACCCGUUCCUCAACCCUACACUGUUGAGAAGAAGGUGCCAGUAGAAAUCGAGAAACCCGUACCCGUACCCGUCAAGGUACCUGUAGAUAAACCAUACCCCGUAUACAAAGAAAUUCCAUACCCCGUAGAAAAACCAGUACCCUAUCCUGUAAAAAUCCCCGUGCACAUACCCGUUAAGGUCCACCACCACCACCACGAAGAGUCUGGUGGCGGUUUUGAAGGAUCUUUCGGCGGAGGGUACCACUAGUUGUUGUUAGCUCGUUAUUAAUUGUUAUGUAAUUGCUAUUUUUAUACUUGUGCUUGUUAAAUUUCGUUUCGACAUUUGCUCAAAUUGAAUCAUUUCCUCAUUAAAUUCAUAAAGCGUGCAGUAUUAUUACUUAGAAACUGUGUUAAUUAGUAUAAUUUAUCUACUUUUAUAAUAAAUCAUUUCUACGUA